CCGCCGCCGACUCCGUCUCCGCAGUGAGGUCACGGGUGGGCGGUGCGUGCGCGGCGCCUGUUCCGCUCCCCGGGCGGCCCGAGCCCCAGCGGCGCCGGGUUAUAGGGAAAGCCUGGCCGGGACCCUGUGUUACCCAAGGCAUGAACUUGGCCGAUGGCCUGGAUCGUACCUCUUUUACUAAUAAGUCGGGGUGGGAAAAUUCUGACGCACAGCAGUGACAUCUGGGCGAAAGGUGACUCUGUAGGGACGUUUGGGUUUUGCCGGCGGUCUGGAUCAGCCUUUUAAUUUGGCGAUUUAUUUGUGACCUGCCAUAGUAACUCUCGUGGUGGUUGUGAAGUCAUAAAGUUGGCAGCACAGAAAAGCAAGCCCUGAAAAGAUUGUGUUUGAUCUCCCAAGGACUGAAAGUGCUGAAUGAAAUUUUUAUACGAUUUAAACUCCGUUUUGGAUCAGCGUUCUUCAAACGUUUUUCUAUUUUAAUAUUUAAAUAGAGACUUAUUUGAAAAGACUGCGGGUCUUUUUUAAAGGAGAAAAACUGAACAAGAAUGGACACUUUUGCUUCAGCGCAUCGUUUUUUACUAAAUUGCUGUACAAUGCUACUGUGUCAAGUAGUGGGCAAAGUAUGAAGAGAAGCUUUUUGUAUACACACUGCAGAGGUGGUUUUAUGUUAGAAAACUGCACAAGUAACUAUAAGAGAAACAUUUGUGCAACCCCUCCAUUAUUAAUAUUACGGUAUUACAUGUGCAAUGGGUUACAGUUUUUACUGUUGGAGACUGAAGUAGUAACAUUUUGGUGAAAGUGUUUUGAGCGCAGAACCGCUCAAAAUUGCUUUUAGUAUGAACAAGCAGGAAAAUGCCCAUUCAAGGCUUAUUUAAUUAGAGUCCUGGUGUUUAGCAAUGGAAAGCCCACAAAUAAACUUCCCCCUAGGUCUAGUUUCAGACCAAAAAAGGAGCGGGAUCCAAGAGGAUGGGAGCCCUCCGCUAAAAAAAGCAAUGACAGAAACGCAUGUAAAUAGCAAAGCACGAGUUGUAAUGAAUAAAUUGCCAACAAUAAAGAAGGAAAACUUGGAUGAAUAUGAUGAAACUCCUGUGGAGGCUGAUGGAGAAACCACCAAGCCAAACAGCACUUCCCUAUCUGAGUCUUUGAAUUUAAAUCCAGGUCUGAAGCACACGUUGGCACAGUUUCACUUGAGCAGCCAGAGUUCACUGGGUGGACCGGCAGCUUUUUCAGCUCGCUAUUCCCAGGAGAGUAUGUCUCCCACUGUCUUCUUGCCUCUUCCAUCACCACAAAUACUUUCGGGUCCGUUACUCAUUCCUCCAGACAGCUCCACGGAACUCACCCAGACCAUACUGGAGGGAGAAUCUAUCUCCUGUUUUAAAGUCGGUGGAGAGAAAAGACUCUGCCUGCCUCAGGUGUUGAAUUCAGUUCUCCGAGACUUCUCGUUGCAGCAAAUCAAUACGGUUUGUGACGAACUGUACAUCUACUGCUCAAGGUGCACUUCUGACCAGCUUCAUAUUCUGAAGGUUUUGGGAAUUCUUCCAUUCAACGCUCCCUCCUGUGGGCUCAUCACGCUGACCGAUGCUCAGAGGCUAUGCAAUGCUUUACUGCGACCUCGCACUUUUCCACAAAAUGGCAGUUUUCUCCCUGGUAAGAACACCUUGGACCAACUGAAAGAGACUGGCAGUGCCUUCGAAGUAGAGCAUGAAUGCCUGGGCAAGUGCCAGGGGCUGUUUGCACCCCAGUUCUACCUUGCGCCAGAUGACCCCUGUAUCCAGUGUUUGGAGUGCUACGGAAUGUUCUCACCGCAGACGUUUGUGAUGCAUUCACACAGAUCCCCGGACAAGAGGACGUGCCACUGGGGGUUUGAAUCGGCCAAGUGGCACUGCUACCUGCACAUUAACCAAAAAUACCUGGGAACGGCGGAGGAGCGGGAGGUGAAGCAUCUCCUGAAGGAAAUGAAGGAGAAAUUUAGCGAGAAAAAUCAGAAACGAACUCGGUCCAAAGCAGAGUCACAGCGGAGCCUGGAAUUACCACAGUGGUAUCCUGUUAUAAAGCAAGAAGCAGAAACCGAUCCUCAGCCACCCUCCCUUUUCCAUCCCAGUUACUACCUUUAUAUGUGUGAUAAAGUGGUUGCCCCAAAUGUAUCUCUUGCAUCACAAUAUAAGGAUGUUGCAAAAACAGCAGUCAAAGCUUCAGAAGCAGUUAAAUCUUCACCUGGGCAGUCAGAGAAGAAGCUCAGUAGUGGAAAGCACAAAAAACCUGCCUCUUAUCCAGAGCUUUCUCUUGAAGAACAGGAGAAAAUUGACUUGAAAACUGAUGUGGAGCAACAUAAACGUUUAGAUCCAUCUGUGUCAACUCGUUCUGCAAGAGGUGGAAAAUCUGAACGUGUUUCUUCCAAAAUCACCAGAGACUGUAGCCGAUUCGAGGCAGGUAACGAUGUGAGAACCUUGUAUCCUGCUCUCAUGAAGGACAUCACCUGUGAAGAUGACAAGGGAAGGAUCAUGGAAGAAGUAAUGAAAACCUACAUCAGGCAGCAAGAAAAGCUGAAUACUAUUUUGCGGAGGAAACAGCAGCUUCAAGUGGAAGUGGAAAUGUUAAGCAACUCUAAAGCUAUGAAGGAACUAACUGAAGAGCAGCAGAAUUUACAAAAAGAACUUGAAUGUUUGCAGACAGAGCAUGCUCAAAGAAUGGAAGAGUUUUAUUUUGAGCAGAGAGACUUGGAGAAGAAACUGGACCAAGUAAUGAAGCAAAAGUGUAGCUGUGACUCCAAUUUAGAAAAAGACAAAGAAGCUGAAUAUGCAGCACAGCUGGCAGAAUUGAGACAGAGAUUGGAUCAUGCAGAGGCAGAUCGACAAGAGCUUCAGGAUGAACUGAGACAAGAACGAGAGGCAAGGGAAAAGUUAGAGAUGAUGAUAAAGGAAUUGAAGCUACAAAUCCUGAAAUCUUCCAAAAAUGGGAAAGGAAAAUAGAAAUUGGAAGGGGAAGUGUGACUGUGUCCUUCGAACAGGGUGUUCUGGUUUUGAGUGAAUUGUGAGCGGUUUCUGUGUGGUGAGAACAAUUAUUCUCUACGGAUUCCUAUUUCCCAGACAAGUCCAGAUGAAGCUAUACAUAGAUAUAAAUAAACAGAGAUAGAUGGGUGUACAUUUUUAGAUUUUCCUAACCAAUGAAAAUCUGAUUUAUUUGUACUGGUGUUUUUCUUGAACAGUUUAAAAUACGACACUCUUGCUACAGAGUGACCAGUUUCUGUCUAUUUCUAAUGCAGUCUUGAGGACUGUAUCCCUUUUAACAUUGUCUGUUAAUAUAUAUGUGUUGAUCUGUAUUUUGCUAUCAGUUGCACAUCCAGUUAUAAAAGUACAUUAAAAACAUUCUGAAUUCUUCCAGAUGGAAAAAUAGCUGGGGUUUCAGUGAGAAUUGUGUUUUCUCAAACUGGGGAAAGUAAAGGCAGUCAGGCAAUACUCAAAACUUCAAAACUGCCACAGUGAUAGACAGCUGAUCAUCAAAAAUGAGUUUUUCCCCUAAUUUCAUUGUGUGAAGUCAAGGUGAUGUGUCAGUAUUUUCUAAUUAACAAGUCAUUAUCAGUCUAACGAGUUUUAGAGCCAGCAUUUGCUUGCUGGACUGGAAGAAGAAAAUGUUAGGGCUUUUUUUUUUUUUGGUAAAUGGAAAAGAAAUUCCAUUUAGAAUGGAAUCUGGACAUUAAAAAUUCACAUAUUUUCUUUUGCUUUCUUCUGUGUAGUAGAUAUGAAAGAAACAUUGAUCAAGGGCUUAAAGGUGGGGCUUUUCCUUCUAGAAACUGAGAAAACUUGACUUCACUGCUGUUCAGAUACCAAGAAAAACAAUAUUUAUUAAGAAAGGGAAGUAUUAGUUUCUUUAAUACCCUGAGCCUCCAUGCUUUGAGCUUCUUGACAGCUUGUGGGUUUUUUCUUUCUUUACAUAGAACAGGCCUUAACUGACGUGGCUAUAAUAGCUUAAAUAAUACAAUUCUGAGAAAUGGCACUUUGAAAAUCUUUUUGAUAAGUCUCUGUAUUGGAAUGGCAUGGUAAUGUUACCAUGAAGUAAGAAAUAUAGCAUGUUCCUUAAGCUGUAACUUUGGAAGAUGUGUAAUUGUACAGAAUGACCGUUUUAUGUGUAUAUAUAAUGUUUGAGUACUUCAGAAGUCUGGUUCCUGGUGGAUUAAACGCAUGACUACAGAGUUGGGUGAAGAAAUACUGGUUUUGCACUUCUCUCCAAAAAGUUUGGUACAGCUGACAGAUGUCAGCUGAUUAUGUCAGUGACUAAGAAUAUUUUAGUAGUUUUAGUAUUUCACUGCAUAGUUUAACCUGUGCAUUAGCUUCUGGCUAUAAGGUACUUGGGUUAACUAUUCUCUUAACAAUCAGUGAGUUUGGGUUGGAACCACUAGUCAAAGCCUGCAUUGAUUUUUUUUUUUAAUCUUGCUUUUUUUUUCCUUUCCCCUGAACUAGUAAAAUUUAGAACUUUGGAGUUCUUUGUUUCUCUUUUGGUGGUGUAAUGAGACUGAAUAUGACAGAGAAAAUAAAAAUUGCACAUAUCUUUCCACUGAAUUGGAAGUGAGAUGGUAAAUUACGUGUUGUUGAGUCAGAAGAUGAUUCCUUUACAUCUGUGUACAAUUUCAUUAACGAGCUGUGUCAUAUUUACACUGACAAUUAAAGCAAGUUAGGUGAACAAAUACCAAUUUUCUUUGUCAGUGUUGACUGGAAAAGAAGACUCAGGUUACAUCUUCCCCUUCAACUCCAUCUCCAAAAAAAACCCCCAAAAAGGAAAAAGCCUGCCUUUGCAGCAUGGUUUGGAAGGACAAGAGCUGACUGUAGAUGAUCUGGUUGUAUAUGCACCACUUGUUCUAAAACCAUACUGAAUGUUUUGUUGUAACAACCACCAAAAGCAUGGCUGUAGGGAGAGCAGGUGAGAAUGUUGAUAAAAUAUGAGUGUUAGGGAAAGGAGCUUGAAGUAGUCCAACUCCAUGGACAGAAACUGUGUUGGAUUAGCAAAUAAAGCAGCAAGGGAAGGGGGGAAGUUUCAUCCGGGUGUAUUUAAAAGAUCAACAGAUCUGUUGCUUUUCAGUCUCAGUGUUUUGAACCAGCCUCUCUUGAUUGUCAGUGUAAAUAAAGGGUGUGCAGACUCAGACAUUUAAUACAGCUGCAGUAGCUGAUUUACCACAGUAUUUAUAGCUUAGCUGUCGAAUGUAUGGAGCCCUUACGGGCUGCUGAUCCUUGAAUGCUGUGUGUUCUGUUUCCAUUCGGGUUGUGUCCACGUUUUGUGACUUCUGCUGGAAUUGCCCCUUUUGCCACUGGUUGAUCUCCAGCAGCGGGGGUUGCGGUGCAGCGCUGGCAGAGCUCUGCUCCUGUGCCUCACAGCCAGCUGGUAACCAGCUUAGGCUGUAGGCUGUGGAGGUGCUGGCGGCCACAGUUUGCACUGAGGUUUUUUGCAGUUGCAAGGAGUCGAGCAGCUGGGUGAAGCUUUAGCAGCUCCAGCUGCCCAUGAGGCCUCCUGAUGGUUUUCAAACAUCUAUGUGAAAAAAGCUCAUGGAACAUUGGUUAAAAUUACUUUAGAGGUAACUCUGUAAAUACUCCAUUUAGUUAAUCUAAAGUUAGAAUGCAUUUUAAAUUAUUGUAAUCCUCUUAAAUCUUACUUCCAGGCUCUUUACAUGACAUAGAUAAUUUUCAUAUGUGUAGACUUAAUUUUAUACUGAUUUGAAGUAAUAAUGUACACAUAAAUGUGCCAUAGAUUUUGUGUGUUCACAGCCUUUGGAAGAUAGUUUUUUAGUAAAUUGUAAAUAAUGCUGUACAAGUUCUAGAACAGAUGUAUGUUGCCCCUUUUUUCACUACCUUGUGCUGGUUAUAUGGAAUGGUUUCUUUUACAGCCUGAUAGAGGGCCUUGGAAUGCACACGUAAGUGCCCUCACUUGAGUGCAGACUUCAUGGUAGAAAUGGAUCCUGUCAUUAGGUUCUUGCUUUCAGUCAGCAUGCUCAUUUUAAUUAUUUGAUUUUCCUUCCAUUAUUGCUUACUCACCUUUUAGGCAGGACACCAAGCCUAUAGGAAAAAGAAUCCUCAAAUUAUCCAUAAUUUGGAAAGCUGCAAUUAUUAAACACCUUGACCAAGAUCAAAGUUGCCUAGUGCACCUUUUGGAACAAAGUAAGUAAGAUUCAAGGUGAAUUAUCUGCCUUGUUCCUGUGCUUUUUAAAAAGAGAACUUUCACAUGCUCUGUGUGCUUUGAUCAACAAGAAAAUCUAAGAGCUUAGAGAGUAAAACCUCCCGUGAUUGUGGCAGUCUGAAAGCACCCUGGUUCGUCGUGUACCCCUAGACAAAAAAGAGAUUUUUAGCUAAAAUCUCCAAACUCUGAAGUCUGUGUUUCAGUUUUUGUAAGGCAUAUCAUUUAGUUUGAGUAGUUAGAUUAAAGGUAGUUACGUUUCGCAUCCUGAAGCUAAUUUUAUUCAAUAUUUAAUAUAUUGGUAGCUUAGGUGUUAAAUCAUUUGUAUAUAGUAAAGGUAUAAUGCAAUUAGUGAAGUGUAGGAACAAGUUGGGGCGGGAGCAUAAAGCUACUGGUGGCCUCAAAAAGAUAAGACUUGGCCCAUAUUUUAGAAGUCACGAUGCUUUAUUCAUACAUUCUUGGUUUAUACUGGGGGAGGGGGGUAGCUAGAACGUGUGAUGAGAUUUUUGGAAAACUUUGGUAGCGUUAGUCAUGAAAUUGGCCUUGAAAUGCCAUCGUGGUCAGCUUCCUAGAAUUCACUUGUUUGUAGAGCAUAUAUUUUGAUUGUCAGUAAAGAUGACAACUUUGUGUUUUUUUCUGCACUUAAUUCAUGUAAUCAAAUCCACACAAGAGUUUUCUGCAACAUGGUGAAGUCAACAGAAGACUUGGUUAUUAUACCUGUCGCUCUGUGCUUGCAAUAUUUCAGUCAUGUCAUUUAAGCUGUCAACAGCAGGCAGCAGGAAGCUGCCCAUUUCAACUUUGGUUUUUGCUCGUUCCCUUUGUAGUGGGUGUGUUUUCAUUACCGAAAGCUUGUCGAGUUUUCUGCUUUUUGCGUGUGUCUUUCCCUGAAGACACCCGUGUGUCAGCUUUUGCAAAGGCAGUUGCUGCUCAGAGUGCAUGACAAUUGUGUAGUGUGUCUCCAUCGUUUAGAAAAUCCUUCUUUUUCAGGGUUAGUGGUUCAGUUGGGAAAUGCUUGAGAAAAACCACGAGUUUUAAGCACUUCAUCAAGCACAGCAAACAAACAGAGUGAGAUUUUCCUGUUUGAAAAUUGAUUAAAUCCUAACAAUAUCAA